UGUUGACAUUAUUUUCUUUCUGCGAUUUGAUUGCAAAUUAGCUGGUCUUGGUAAAAGGGACUGGGAUUUUAAUUGUUGUGAUUAUUGCGUGAACCCAUGGCGAUUUUAAUAUCUAAUAAAAAUAUUGUAAACGAAGGCGAACAACGUGACUAAAAUUUCGCAAACACUUCCCAUCAUUUCUUUUCGUACCAGAUACAAAAAAAGCAUUUGAUGUCUGUGGUGGAAGAUGAGUAGCCAGCACCAGUAUAUGACAGUGAACAACACACCUAGUACGAGGGUUGGAGACAUUGAGCAUAUAAAUCACCUCUCAGAGAAGAUAGGGUCACUGUGCCUGUCUUCAGAGUACUCAGAUGUGACUCUGAUAGUGGAGGGGCAGCGGAUCCCCGCUCAUAAGGUGAUCCUGGCUGCCAGCAGCGACUACUUCAGGGCUUUGCUGUAUGGUGGCAUGCGGGAGGCCAAUCAGGCCGAAGUGGAACUGCAAGCCCCUCUUCAAGCCUUCAAGGCCCUCUUGCGAUAUGUCUACUCAGGUCACAUGGGUUUGUCCCUGCUCCGCGAGGACACAGUGCUGGACAUGCUGGGCCUGGCGCACCAGUUCAACUUUCAGCAGCUGGAGACUGCCAUCUCCGACUACCUGCGGCAGGUGCUGGCGCUGCGGAACGUCUGCGCUGUGCUCGACGCCGCCAGGCUGUACGGGUUGGACGCGUUGAUGGAUUACUGUUACAAUUUCCUGGACAGAAACGCGGCUGAGGUCCUCAAGCAUGAGACGUUUUUGCAGUUGUCUGUGGAAGCCCUGCAAGGUCUGCUGGAGAGGGACUCGUUCUUCGCCCCGGAGGCCGACAUCUUCAAGGCUGUCUGCAACUGGUUCACCGCAAACCAGAUGUGGGUCAAGUCUGAGGGCGGCCAGGCGCAAGUGGAGAAAAUCCUCCGGUGCGUGCGGCUGACGCUGAUGAGCCUGGAGGAGCUGCUGACGGUGGUGCGGCCGUUCUCGCUGGUGACGCCGGACAUGCUGCUCGACGCCAUACAGGAGAAGACCAAGACCAGGAGCACGGAGCUGCGCCACCGGGGGCUGUUGUUGCCAGAAGAAAACGUAGCGUGCGCCAAAAGAGGCGCCCGCGUUCUCACAGGAGACAUGAGAUCAGCAUUACUAGACGGAGACACAGACAACUACGACAUGGAGCGGGGGUACACUCGGCACACCAUCAGCGACGCCCCGGACAACCCCGGCAUACUGGUCAAGCUGGCCACCAGCACCAUCAUCAACCAUAUCCGGCUGUUGCUGUGGGACAGAGACAACAGAUCGUACGCGUACUACAUAGAAGUGUCAGUGGACCAGAAGGACUGGGUGCGGGUGAUCGACCACAGCGAGUACUUCUGCCGCAGCUGGCAGAAUCUGUACUUUGAGCCGCGCGUGGUGCAGUACAUCAAGCUGGUCGGCACUAGCAACACUGUCAACAAGGUGUUCCACGCGGUGGCGCUAGAGGCGUACCACACGGCGCGCGUGCCCCCGUUGCAAAACGGGCUCAUCAAACCCGUCCACAACGUGGCUACUCUGGACUUGUCUGCGGUUGUCAUUGAGGGCAUUAGUCGCACGCGCAACGCCCUGCUGAACGGCGACACGGAGCACUACGACUGGGAGCACGGCUACACGUGCCACCAGCUGGGCUCCGGCGCCAUCGUGGUGCAGCUGGCGCAGCCCUACCUGCUCAGCUCCAUCCGCAUGCUGCUGUGGGACUGCGACUACCGACACUACUCCUACUACGUCGAGACCUCGCUCAACUACUGGGACUGGGAGAUGGUGUGCGACCGCACCAGGGACACCUGCAGGUCGUGGCAAGUGAUAUAUUUCCCGCCGCGGCCCGUCUCCAUCAUCCGCAUCGUCGGGACGAACAACUCUGUUAACGAGGUAUUUCAUCUAGUACACCUGGAGUGUCCAGCUCAGGUGCCGGAGGACCAGCGCGAGGAGACCACCACCUCUAAGAAGAGGCAGGGCAUAGACAAACAACCUUCAUCCACUGGAUCAGCCGGAAACAGCAGCACGGAAGGUCAAGCGAACCAGCGCUCAAUCUCCCCAAACUCGGACGCGUCAAGCGCUUCAAGCGCUGAGGGGCCUUCGCGAGCGCUGCCGCCCGCGGAGACCGCCACUGAGGCCCACGAGCGGUUCGACGAGUGAGUGAGUGAGUGAGUGUACACACUGCCUUCGCUAGGAACUAUUGCGGUUACUGAACACUGGCUUAGCUAGGGACUACUUGGCGCUAAGCUCAGUUACAAUGCGAAUCAAUAAAGUAAGAACAUGUUGAAAAGAUUUUUGCAGGAAUUUUGCAAAAAAAUAUUGACAUAUAUUGUAAAUUAGUUAUAUAUAUAUAUAUAUCUCAUUAUUUUCUACCGAUUUUGUUUUGUAGAAAUAGUUACGUCAUUCCCUAUUUGCGUACAUAAACAAAUCUUUUAGUUAUUUAGUAUGUAAGCUAUUUCUAGUCUAUGUCUUAGUAGUUUAACUUCUGUGUACUUAUAACUGUUCGAAUAAACUGUUGGUGAACAAUAUUAGAGCAAGAUGUAGAUUUAUAUGAUUUUUAUUGCGUUUAAAAUGGUUUGGUAUAGUUUUUCUUUGGGGAAUAAUAAAUAUUGAUUGUCUAUUCGACGGUGUCGCGUUUCCCACCCACCUGCCUUCCACCCCGCGUAUCGUCACAACUUUUGUUUGAGAAAUUGCAAGAAGACAUCUCCUUUGUCAUGACUUUGAAACAUUCUUAAAGUGGCUAUAAUACAUGGUCGCAAAAGGUUAAUUUACACCUUAUUUAAAAUGAAUCAUAUUCCCCAAUGUUUUUACGAAAUAUAGUAAGUUGACUCAAUGUAAAUAAAUUUGACGACCUCGGUGACUUAAUGGUCUUUAUGCCGAACUGACGACGAAGGUCCCGAGACCUUCGCCGUCAGUUCGGCAUCGAAUCCGAAUUCGGUCCCCGGUCAGGUGAACAUGGAAAAUUAUAUUUUUCCGAUUGACCUGGGUCUCGGAUGUUUAUCUUAUUAUACGUGUUUAUUUUUAAGCUAAUAAGUAUAGUAUUAUUGAUGUAAUCUCCCAUAACACAAGUCCCUAACUUACUUUGGGGCUAACUCAAUCUGUGUGAUUUGUCCGUAUAUAUUUAUCUAAAACUAUAUUCAUCAAAGGGAAAAAAAUUAAGUAUAUUAUAAGGUAUAGAAAUCUAAAUAAGUGUUAUUUCUGUCUUAUUAAUAGAAUUUAACUAGUGCCUAUCAUCAUUUUUUAAAUCGAUAAACACAGCUUUGUAAUUAUGACACUUGUCCCAUUAAACAAUGUAGUGUACCUAAUAAUAAAAUCAAAUACUUUGUUUAACAUUGAAAACAACAAUUUGUUACUGUUGAUGAUUUAUAAUAAGAACUAAUAUUGACUGUGAAAAAUAUCAAAUAAUUGGACUGAAACUGUGAAUAAAAUAUAUUUUAUGGCAAAUUCUAUAUUUUGUAUGUUAGCAAUUUCAUAAUUUGUUUUUAAGCUAAGCUACUGUAGCGAGAUACUGUGAUAAUGGAUUGAAAUUAAUUUGGUGCGUCGACUUCGUGAUUGGUCCAUGAAAAUAAUAGUAUUUUUUUUAUUUUGGAUAUAUUUUGUAAUUUUCUUAAAUGAAAUCUUUUUUAUAGUCCUAAAUGUGACAGAUACGCGCUAUUAAGAAUGACACCUGGGCAUGAAUAUAGGCAAGACUGGAGCCAGUACCUUCAACAACUUUUUAAUCCAAAGUAUCAAAUAAUUGCUAUCCUUUUCAUUAGUAGCCUAACGCGCUGAUAGGUAUAACUAUACCGUGAUUAAACGUUAUACAUAUGUAUAUACCUAGCAGUGCGUAAGAAAGAGAUCGGGGCUAUCAAUGGACGAGAUAGCAAUAUAUGCAUGUUCCUUGCUUCAAAAAUUACUUGGGAGUAUUGGCUCAAGUAUUAUCUAUCGCUUCAUGGGCUUGGCGUAUCUAUGACUUGCCUGCAAAUCGUCUGCUCAUGGGAACCAUAGAUACGCCUGGUCUCAUCUUUCGUGGCGCGCAUUGCAUAAUGAUCAUGAACCAAGACGAAGACACCAUAUACUUUUGGGCUGUUUAAUGUAUUGUGGUAUGUAAGGCAAUGUAAACUGUAGGUUGUUGAAAAUUGAAAUUAUUAUGUAUAGUGCUUUAAUGAUAAAUAAAUAAAUCAUUUACUUGA